AUUUCUAGUUUAAUUUACACACGUGAAAAAAUUUUGGUAUAAAAUGCCACAGGAUGUGGCGAUUCGUUACCACUUUUAGUGUGUCAUUCUCUGCAACCAAAGCGUAACCCGAUAUUAUAAUGUUGGGUCGUCGGGUAACCAUUGCGAUCUUGGCUCUGUCUGUUCUUGUCUCCGGAACAUCUGGAGCAGCCAUCGAACGAGUUAGCAAAGACACACUCAUGCUCGUUCAUGUUUUGUUCAGACAUGGAAACCGCACAGCCGACAGCCAAGAAGAACUAUACCCGACCGAUCCUCAUUACAACAGGACCUACUUCCCAACCGGAAUGGGACAGCUCACAAAUGCUGGUAAAUUAAGGGAAUUUAACAUCGGUCGUGAAUUAAGAGCAACUUACAACGAAUUCCUCGGGGAUGUGGUCUAUCCUACUUUGGUAGACGCCAGGUCAACGGAUGUGAACAGGACUAAAGCCUCCUUGUUGUAUUGUCUUGCCGGCCUAUUUCCUCCAAAGGAUGAACAAGUUUGGAAUGGCGCCUUUGCCUGGCAGGCCAUCCCCACUUAUUAUCUUACAGUGCCAAACGACCAGGUUUUGGCAGGAAGACUUUGCCCCAACUACGAGUCAGCCUACGAGGAAUUCUCCAACUCUUUGCAACAACAGGCUGAAUAUGCAGAAUAUCAAGAUGUUAUGGACUAUAUUUCGGAACACUCUGGUCUAAAUAUCACCACGUUCAAACAAAUUUAUGCGAUGUACUUUGGAGUGUCCACUGAAGUUGAGAACGGAUUAUCUCAGCCCAAGUGGCUGAAAAAAGUUUGGCCCGACCAAAUUAGCCAACUUGCCGUCAAGUAUUAUCACGUAGCAACUGCUACCAAAACCUUAAAGCAGUUCCAAGCAGGUUUCCUCAUAAAGAAGAUAUUUGAAGAUUCAAUCGCAAAAAUUCUUGAAAACACCAAAAGCAAAUUCAAGAAAAAGUUGUACCUGUACUCCGCCCACGAGAUUAAUGUAGCUUCCUUGCUUUUAACUCUGGGAGUGUUUGAUGACGUCGUCCCGAAUUAUGGCUCAUAUGUGUCGUUUGAGCUGCACAAAAUCAACGGAGAAUAUGGAUUUAAGAUCUUUUAUCAAAAUUAUCUAACAGAUAAACCAAUUUUGUUAAACAUCCCAGGCUGUGGAGAAUUUUGUGUUCUAACAACGUUCUAUAAUUUAUUUUCGCAGUACAUGCCCCCAGAAAAUAUUUGUGGAUUCUGACAAUCUUAAUUUCCGUUUAAAUUGAUAUAUUCAAAUAGUAAUAAAGUUGCUAGAGUUCAGCAAA